UUUAUUCUGUUGUCCGACGUCGGCCACUCAUAUAUCGGCCGAAGGUGGUGAGGAGAUUGGUCGGCCUCCUCGUUGCAGGAUCUGCGUCAGCUUUCCGUCUCGCGGCCCGUUUCAAUUGCCCAGCGAUGGGAACGUGGGGGGAGGGACUCGGUGUUUCUUCUUCUGAGUAUUGUUCCGAGCGACAAUAUUUUUCAUGUGCUUGGCCGUCAAUUUAAUCUGUAUCCUAGUUAGCAGUCAACAUCGUUCCUUUCUCGUUAACCGAACCCAAGAUCCAACAACUGGGGUUUCACCGCCAUGCUGCUCUGCGAUGUUCAGAAGUUGCCCAAUGCGGACAUCUCGAGUACCAUGUACAUCACCACCUCCCCUGCAAAUGACCCUAGCUGGCCACCCCACAUCGGCAACGGAAACAACACCGGCCAUGGCAACCGGCCGAUCACCGUUCAUGCGACCAUGAAGUGACCGAACAGGCACAAGGCAUCAACGGGGGACACAUCUGAUUUCUCUUAA